UCUAUCAUUCCAACCCACCGGUUUCCACCCUCUCCCUUUCCCUUUCCCUGUUACUAUCACAUAACCCCCUUCCCAUCAACCUCUUCUUCUUCUUCUUCUUCUUCUCGGCGAUCGCCCAUAUCUCAUCCCUACCUCUCACUCGCCCGGCUCGACCUUCCCCCUCGGCCAAUCUUGAUGGCACUCUCCCUCCCCCUUCUUCCUUCUAAGUCUUGCAGUUCACAAAACCCUAGAUUUGGCCCCAAGGUUGUGUAAUUUGGUGUCGUUUUCUAACCGAAGGCGUCUGACGUCCGAUCGGGUGGAUAGUGAUCGUGAUACGCGAGAAGGUGGUGGGCCGCGGAGUCGCCGGUUAGCUGUGGAAUUCGGAGAGGAUGAGUAGCAAGAAGGAGGACGAAAGGAAUGAGAAGGUCAUUAGGGGUCUCCUGAAGCUUCCCCCCAACAGGAAGUGCAUCAACUGCAACAGCCUGGGUCCACAGUAUGUUUGCAUCAAUUUUUGGACUUUCAUCUGCGUGACUUGCAGUGGAAUACAUCGUGAGUUUACUCACCGUGUGAAAUCGAUAUCUAUGGCUAAAUUUACUUCUCAAGAAGUUGAGGCUUUACAAAGAGGAGGCAAUCAGCGUGCCAGAGAGACCUUUUUGAGGGAUUGGGACAUGGAAAGAAUGAGGUUGCCUGAUAGCAGCAACCUUGACAAGCUGAGGGAAUUUAUCAAAGCUGUUUAUGUGGAUAAGAAAUAUGCUAGUGGGAAAUCCUCUGACAAGCCACCUAGAGACAUGCAGAGCCACAAGAACCAUGAAGAUCACAGGAGAGCCAGUUCUUAUCAUUCCUUUUCACAGAGCCCACCUUAUGAAGAUCAAUAUGAAGAAAGAUAUACUGGUAAAAAGCCUGGAUUUCUAUCAAGAAAACCUGGUUCAGAUCGUGGCCUUUAUGAAGGCAAGAUUUCUAGCUUCUUGUACAGUCCAGGUCACCAAGGAAAGCAGUCAUAUGAGGACAGAUCAGCUAACGAGACUCCUAAUUCAAGGAAUUCAGAUUACUCAGUUGCUAGUGGAGGAGAUUCAUCUAAAUUUGAUAGCCAGUCACCAAAUUUUCAGGACACUGGUUAUAGCAGUCCUCCUUUACGGCAAGUAAGAGAUAUCUUAAUUGAAGAUACACAGCCCCCGGUGUUGACAACAUAUCCUGAUGCAAAUUUCAAAAAGAAUUUAAAUGGGCUCCCACGUCCACAGAGGACUGCAUCAUCAAGUAGCUUUGGAUCCUUCGACAGCAAUUCUGCAUCUUUGACACCAUCUAGCUCAAGUAACAUAAUUGAUCUUGUUCUUGAGCCAGAGAAUUCAUCUCCAGCCAAGCAUCCAGAGAUAUCUGCUGCUCCCUUUUUGUUGCAAACCUCUUCCUCCACACUUGCAAGGAGUCAGGAUUCUUUUAGUCUACCAAUUAUGCAACAACCAAUACCUUAUUCAUCUUCGUUUACAGAUGUGUUUGCUGUUAACCAUCAAUCUUCAUCUACCAUACCUUCAGAAGAAAAAUUGACCAUACCAUUAUCUGAUAGUGUAGGGUGGGCCACAUUUGACUUACCUUAUCAGGCAAACAAUGCCUCUGAACUAAGCAAGGACCCUGCUUCUAUGGUUUCUCAGGCAAACAAGCAACCAGUUCUACAAAAUGCUACUGAUGACCUUUUCUUAUCUUUUGCUGACCAGCAUAAUGAAAUUGCAUCUUUGUCAGAUCCAAAGGACAGUUCUCAGGCUUGGGAUACUUUUGGUUUUUCUGAUGGAAAUUCUCAACCAGCAUCAUAUGAGAAACUAUCACAGAUCAGUGAAGCACAAGUUCUGGUGCAUAACUAUCCUGCAUCACGUGUCCUAUAUGCAAAUUUACAAGAUCAAGAGGUACCUGUUGAGGAUGGUUCGCAAAAUUUGAGUACAGAUGAAUUUUCUGCUCUCAGUGCACCAUUUGAUGACCUAUCUGGAUCUUCAUUUUCCUCAGUUCUACAUCUGAAGGGGGGUAACGGGAACACUCUGGAACGAAAAUCUACAAAUCCAUUUGAUCUCCCAUUUGAUUCGGAUCUAGAUGCAAAUGAUUUGUUUCCGGACAUGAGCUCAUUGCAGUCUGCCCUGCCAAAUCCACUUUUGCCUGCAAAUCUACUUGGUGGAUUGCCUCAAACAUGGUUUUCACCGAAUUCAGUUGCAGCAUUUGUACCACCGGUCUCUCAAGGAAGCCUAGCGUACAAUGCAGGACAAGUGCCAAGCUCUCAGUUGCGGGAUGUAACUUCACAAGGCCCUGUUGCAUCUAUUGGCGGGAACCCUUUUGCUUAGAGAAUUGCAGUCAGUUUGUGGGAUUUGAGACUGUUUAAUGCCAUUGCAUCGUGGCCAUCUUUAAGGCACAUAUGCUGAUGUUCUUUCCUGUGAACCUUUGUGCCACAACCAAAUCUGGAGGUCAGAGAACGAAUGCAACGACUGAAUGCAGUAUGUUUCAUUGUUCAGCUCUGGCUUUAUGAUUUCUUAGGCCGAGACAGGUAAAUCUUGUUGGACUUAAGGUGACAGUGGCUCGUGUACAUGUUCUUAUCUGUUCAACCAAUAUGGUUGUCAAGGUCGGCUGGUACUAUUUCAUUCAAGUGAUGGCAUCUUGUUGGCUUGUUUCUGUUUUGGGCCUCAGAUAUAUCGGAGCUGUGGUUAACCCGGAACAGAGGAACUUGAGUGUCGUAGAUGCUUCAAUCUAGUUUGCUGCAACUAGUCCAUUUUUACCACAUCGAUAUGCUUAGGUCUUGUUGUGCCAGAAAGAGUUUAUCAUCGACUCUUUAUUAUCUUUUAUUUCUUUGAUGGACUCAGCUGUAAUAUCGAUCUCUCUUCAUUGUCGUACAAAACGGGGUGUGCUUGGUUAAACAUUGUGACAGUUAAUAUCUUUGAAUUUUGUGUGGCGCACUUGUCCAUGA